AUGGGAAAGAGGUUGCAAAGUCAAACAAGCUAUGUUUGUUCUUUUUCUGAUUGUGAAGCUACGUUCAGUAAGUCAUGGAGGCUAGAGGCUCACCUUUGCAAACACACGGGAUUGAAACCUUUCUCCUGUGAGAACUGCGACAAGAGCUUUUGCACUCGCCAUCAACUCACCAGACAUGAGCUCAGUCACAGUGGGGAGAAACCACACAAGUGUCUGGCUGAUGGAUGCUCUGAGGCCUUUGUGACAAAUGCCAGCCUGAAAAACCACAUGGCUCGAGUCCACCAGCACCAGGAAAAGCGAUAUAAAUGUGACCAUCAAGGCUGCAGCAAGGAUUUCAACAAGAAGUACCAACUGAAAGCCCAUAUGUGUGAGCACCAGCAGAUUCUGCCUUUUCAUUGUACUUUCAGUGAAUGCACAAGAGAAUUUCCCAGCCGUGGAAAACUGAAGCAUCAUGAGAAAGUGCAUGAAGGUUACCCUUGUGAGGAUGAAAUGUGUCCCUUCCUUGGAAAAACCUGGACAGAAUAUGUGAAUCACAGAAAAGAACACAAAGUUAAGGUGCCGUGUGUAGCAUGCAAAAGGCAGUUUAACAACGCCUGGUUCUUGCAACAGCACGAGCUGCGCGUUCACUCUGGGGAGAGGAGGAUGUUUUUGUGUCCCAGAGAAGGUUGUGACAAAAAGUUCACCCGUCGCUUCCACUUGGAAAGUCACGUACUAGUAGAUCAUGAGGGGAAGAAGCCCAUCAGCUGUGCCUACGCUGGCUGUGGGAAGAGCUUUGCCAUGAAGAAGCUGCAUCCUAAAAAGAAUCAGCCCUUGCGGAUGGCACAGCAGGUCAGACUGACAGCUGCAGCCAAUCAAGCGGAGGCCAGCAAGCUCGCUGCAAAGCUGUGCAAUAUAACUUUACAGGAUAAAAAAUCUUGA